AUUAGGUUAAAAAAGAGAGGUUAAAAAGUCAUGGAUAGAAAAGAGAAAGAGAGCACAAUGCACAUCUAGAGAGGCAUUACACAUUGGGCUACCCAUCCAUCCAUCCAAAGGAAAGUGAAUCCCAAGAACACAAAAACCAGAACGUGAGUCUCUCACAAAUCCUUUUCCCUACUGAGUCAGCAAAAACAAAAAUCCAACUAUCAAUCCCCACAACUUCCUUUGAUUCCUUUCCUUAAUCAGAGCCUUGCUUAUGCUCUCUGAAUCUGAAAGUUCCCAACUUUGAAUCCUUUUCCAUCAAAACUGCCAUGUUUUGAUCCCUCUCAAGCCUCAACACUACAAACACUCAAAUGGGUUUUCCUAGAAAUCCCCUCUUCCUUUCUCUGUUCUUGUUUUUGCUCACAAAUCUGGGUCUACUACCCCAACUAGCUGAAUCUGCUGCUGCUUACACAAGCUUGGUCUACAAGGGUUGUUCAAAGGACACUUUCUCAGAUCCAAAUGGUGUUUACUCUCAAGCUCUUUCUGCACUAUUUGGGUCACUGGUUUCACAAUCCACCAAAGGAAAGUUCUUUAAGGCCACCACUGGUAGUGGCCAAAGCAGCAUAACUGGUCUCUUCCAAUGCAGAGGGGAUCUGAGCAAUUCUGACUGCUACAACUGUGUGAGCAAGCUCCCAGUUUUGUCUGAUAAGCUCUGUGGUAAGACUGUAGCUGCAAGGGUUCAGCUUCAAGGUUGCUACAUGCUGUACGAGGUUGCUGGGUUUGCUCAAAUCUCAGGAAUGGAAAUGCUGUUCAAGAGUUGUGGGACAACGAAUGCUGCUGGAAGAGGGUUUGAGGAGAGAAGGGACACUGCAUUUUCUGUGAUGGCAAAUGGGGUUGUCAGUGGCCAUGGAUUCUAUGCUACCAGCUACCAGUCUCUUUAUGUGAUGGGGCAAUGUGAAGGGGAUGUUGGUGAUUCGGAUUGUGGGCAGUGUGUGAAAUUUGCUGUGCAGAAAGCUCAAGUUGAAUGUGGGAGCUCUAUUUCAGGCCAAGUCUAUUUGCACAAGUGCUUCAUGAGUUAUAAUUAUUACCCAAAUGGGGUUCCAAGACACGCCUCUUCUGCAGGAUCAUCCUCUUCUUCAGGCUCUUCAUCUUUUUCUGGGCAAAAUGCAGGAAAGACAGUAGCUAUAAUAUUAGGAGGGGCAGCUGGGGUGGCGUUUUUGAUCAUUAUGUUAUUAUUUGCCAGGAAUUUGAUGAAGAAACAUGAUGAUUAUUGACAGUAGAAGAUGUUUUACUGUGGAGGCAAAAUUCUCCUUGAAGUGGAUUGUUUUUAUAUAUAUAGCUUUUGAGUGAAUGAGAUGGGCAAUUUCUGGUAAAUAGAGUUAGCAGAUAGAGAAAGAAUCUAGGCCGGUUCAAUGUGGGGACUACUAAUUCUUGUAGCUAGGUAAGAAGAUUUUGUUGUGAAGAACAGUGUAAUUAGCUCAUGCAAGUGAGAUUUUUUUGUAUUACAAGGGAAAGAGGUAUUAUACCCAGAGGAAUGAAUGUUAUCCUGAAUGGAUGGAAAAUUUUGUGCCUA